GCAGAAAUAGCGGGUUCUCCUCUCUGCUUUCAGUAAGUAAUGUGGUGUUAGAGAAGACACAGAGUUCAGAUCUUUAAACAGUCUCAGAGCCAAGGCAGCAUAGAAACACUGACCAGAGAACUUAAUGUGUGCUCCCUGUAAUGGGAGUACUGAACACCCGGACCCUUUUCUCUUCCAGUGUUUUAUGCUCACACACUUCUAACAAUUGAAAAGGGAAAAAAAGUCCUACUCCCAAGAAAGAGAGUUGGGAGUGUACAAAGAAGUAGACAAAGUCAAGCUUUCUCUAGAGAGGAGAAGGAAGGGCUGGAGAGAUGGCUCAGUGGUCAAGAGCAAAAACUACUCUUGCCUCAAAAGAUCCAAGUUUGAUUCCUACACCCAUGUUGACUAGCUUACCACCACCCUUAACUCCAGCUGCAGGGGCUCUGCUGCCCUCUUCUUGCCCCCACAGGCACUCCACUCCACUCACCUCCAUAACCCCUCCCCCAUCACAUAGACAUACAAUUAAAAAGUAAAAAAUUAAAAAGAGGAAAAGACUUGGAAACUCGAGGCGAACUUUGUAAAAGCAGGUAAAAGUUCAAAGGAGAACAGGUAAUGAUCAGGGUGAGGAAGACGGACAGGCGAGCCACUGAUCCUUCUUGUGUCUGUGUCUUCCUGUAUAUUCUACUAGUGGAAACCACCAGUGGAGACAGACUAAAAAACCUGACAAAAGACAGAACAAGUACCUCUAAGGUUUCCUGGGAGAACAGAUCUACCCGGUUGGUAUUUGAUGAAGGACUCAGAGCCUCCUUAGGAAAUGGAAACGUUGUUGGCCAUCAGUGUGUGGUUGGCAAGAUGGCUCAGCAAUAAAGAUGCUUACUGCCAAACCUGAAGGCCUGAGCUUGAUCCCUGGACACAUGCGGUAGAAAGAGAACUGGCAAGGUAUUCUCUGAGCUCCACAUAUGCUCUGUGAAGUCUGUGUCUCACCUUCUCCCCAGGUAAAUGAAAAAAUGAAAAAGUGGUGGGGAGCACAUAAUGAGUCCAAGAAAGAAAGAACAUUACUAAAAGCUAAAACUGAGAGUCUGGGAGAAGACUGGAGAGAUGGCUCGGUGGUUAAGAGCACUUACUGUUCUUCUAGAGGACUUGGGUUCAAUUCCAGUUAGGUGGCUCACUUCUGGAAUUCCAAUUGCAGAGUAGCUAACUCUGGACUGGCCUCCCCAGGCACCUGCUCUUUCAGGUAUAAAAUUAAAAAUUUAAAUAAUUUUUUUGAGACAGGGUUUCCCUGUGUAGCUCUGACUGUCCUAGAACUCACUCUGUAGACCAGGCUGGCCUUAAACUCUAAGAUCCACCUUACCUCCCAAGUGCUGGAACUAAAGGCAUAUGCCACUACAGCCCAGCUGAGAUGAGAAUCCUAACACAAGACAGUGUAACAGGUUAGAAUGAUUAAUUUUUGUUGAGGUUAGAGGUGCCUGCUCUCUACAAGUUAGAAGUGAACCAGCUUCGUUGUGAAUGUAGGUAGCUUCAGCCCAGACUUUGGUACUCAGGCAGCAGUGCAGUGAACAGAGUGACUGCUCUAUUCAUGGGCCAGUGAGGCUGCCGUGUACUCAGCCCGUUUGCUGUUCAAGACAGCCUCUUGAUAACAGGUUAGAUUUUUUUUUUAAUUGUUAUCUGGGUGCUGGAGAUUGUGCUCAGGGGCCUCCAACAAGUUGCUUCUUUGUUGUUGGUUUUGAGACAGUUUCUCUGUGUAGACUUGACUAUUCUGGAAUUAGCUCUGUAGAUGCUGGGCUUGACUCAGAGAUCAGCCUACCUCUGAAGUAAGAGUGAAUUUCAAGAGCAAACAUUAAAAAAAAAUAAAAUAAAAAACGGAUUUCCUACCAGGUAUGGUAUGGUGAUGCACAUCUAUAAUCCCAGUUCUUGGGAAGCUGAAAACAUAGCAUGCUAGGCUAUGUACAUACAGAGUCCCAGUCUUAGAAAACCAGACAAGCUGGGCACUGUGACACACACCUUUAAUCCCAGCACUUGAGGGGCAGAGGCAUCCUGGUCUACAAUUCUAGGCCGGCCAGCCAAGGCUAAAUAGUGACACCUGUUUCAUACACAGUGAGCACAGUGGAAAUGAGAAAGAAAGAUGUGGAGAGAAACCAAGAAGACCCACAAAAGCAGCAGUGAACUGUUAUAACUAUAAUGCAUAACAAGUUCUAUGGGAAAAUCCUGACAAAGCUUACAGAAAGGUUUACCCAAACCUGGAUGUAUUGUAUUCUAGAACAUCAGAUAGAAACCUGAUCUAGAAGUAGAUCAUCUGCCUAGCUCUUCAUUUGGAUUUGAUUCCCAAGAAACAAAUUUUAAAAUGCCACUUAUCCACAAACCUAAAAUGUAAGUUGGUUCCAAUAACAUACUUCCCUGUUGAGCAAAGAAGAUGUGGAUACAUGGUACGUCUCCAAAUAUGUGAGGGGCUUUUACAUAUGGACUGAGAGAUGUUCGGAGACUCCAUUGAAUGAGCUAAAACCUCUGGUAGAGGCUACCAAGAAGCUAAAGCCCACUCAGCACUGUCUCUGGAGAUGGUAAGUUCCCCAGGACUGGAGUGGGAGGAAGGCAAAGGGAAUCACAGUUGACAUUUUGAAAACACAGGACUGUGCUUUCCUACAAAAUGUAUCCCAGAUGUUUCUCCUAGAAAGUAAUUAUUUUACUGUUCCUAUAUGUAAGUGAGGAAGAGUGUGAGUAGCUUGCUUUACUCAUGGGGUAGAACCCCGACAUGGUCCUUCUUCUGUUUAUGCUAAAGACAUGGUGCACUGACACCUGCAUUUGCAAGUGAGGUUAAGACUAGCUCCUUUAGCCCGGCGGUGGUGGCACUCGCCUUAAAUCCCAGCAUUUGGGAGGCAGAGGCAAGCAGAUUUCUGAGUUCAAGGCCAGUCUGGUCUACCGAAUGAGUUCCAGGACAGCCAGGGCUACACAGAGAAACCCCCUGUCUUGGGAGGAAGGAAAAAAAAAAAAAAGACUAACUCCUUUGAAGGACCCUUCCUGGACAUGGAGUGAUUGUCUUUCCCUAAAGCAGGACCAUAUUCGUCAGCUCCAGUAGUAUAUUAGAACCAGUAUCAGGCAGAGCCCCUGCUGACCAGAGGGCUCUGGAACAAUGUAACAAUCCCUGGCCCCAAAGAACACUGUCCUCAACUCCUCCUAGACAAAAUAUUUGCAAAGGGAGAUGGCCGGACGUGGCAGUGAAGAGUGGCCACCAGGUGGCAGCAGAGUUUCAGCUGUGGAGACCCAUUCCCCAGUUCUCUGGCAAAGAUGGGCCUGUCCACAAAAUUUACAGGCCACCUCUACUCAGUGAGGCUCCAGAAAGGGUCUCCUGUAUCUCACUUAACUAUUCACAGGCAAAUCUUGAGAAUAGUGAACCCACAUUUAAUCUCACUAGAAGCAGUGGGGAUUGAAAUGGGCUGUAGUCCACUCACCCAUUCCAGGCAGUAGGGACCAACCUGAGUCAGUCACCCUAGCCUGCUCAUAACCCUAGUUCCUUUGCAUCCAGGACAUAAUGCCUAAUCCUGACAGGAGUUUCUCCAGUCAGGAACCAGAGGUGAUCAAUUGAAGCUUCUCCAACCUGUUGAAAGAUUGGAGGUUCUUGUAAGGUUUCCCCAGGGCCCAGCUCUGACAAACUGUCUGCAAUUAAUGAUGCUUCCUGAGCUCUGGAGACAAGAUUUAUGCAUCUAAUAAAGUCUAUAACUUCAGGCUUAGGCUGGGGGUAGGAAACUGAAAGCAGAAAGUCCCCAGGGGACUAUGGGAGGGGGUCCCAGGUGGCUCUUAAUAGAGCUAUGCAUUUCCACUGCCUGUCUAGAUUUCCCCCCAGGCUGCUGAUGAGGUGGGGGGUAGGGGACAUCAGGUAUAAGAAGACCUUGGGGCCCUGAGGAGGCAGAUGGCAACAUGGAUUCCAAGUGGGCUGCUGUGCUGCUGCUGUUGCUGCUGCUGCUGAACUGGAGCCACACUGAAAAGGCAGGGAGCUGGGGUGAAGACCAAGCCUUUGCAGAAGAAGAUAAGGGAUCCCGACUACCACAGUAUGCCCACACUCCAAACAGGAUGCAGAUUCCUGGGUCCCUCUUGUAUAUUCUGCUCCAGGCCAUGGAAAGACCUAUAAGGAGCCCAGCUUUCCUGUUUCAGCCCCAGAGGUUUGGCAGAAGUGCUUGGGGUUCCUGGAGCAAGGAGCAGCUAAGUCCCCAGGCUAGAGAGUUCUGGAGCAUGGCCACUCCUCAGCGCUUUGGGAAGAAGUAACAUCAUCUGCUGUGGUGCCUGCAUGCAAAAUCACUUCCCCAUGCUCCAUGUGUGCCCCCAAAUAAAAUUGUCUGGCUUCUGA